AUGGCAGCACCAUCGUCUAGAAUGUCGGGCAGCGGCAGCAGCGUCGCCAGCUCGACAGCACCAGCCUCCACCCUCCCCGCGCCAACACAAAGCCCGCACCAUCACCACCAUCACCACCACCACCAUCAUCAUCACCAUGCUCACCAUAUCACCGACCCGGCGCGACGCAAAAAGAAGCAUCUGCCUGCCCAGCUAGCCCAGCUGCAGAUCGAAAACGAAGAUGACGACGCCAACAACUUCAUUUCGUCGUCUCGCGAUGCGUCCGAAGAGGAUAACGAUGAUCAAGAGGAGACGUUUGACGACGAUGCCUCCAUCGCCUCGCUCCGUCAACAUCAGCAUGGGCUCAGCUCCAGCUCGCUCUCCAACGUGCCCAUCUCUUCGUCACUAUCGUCCAUCCCACCCAACGACAGAGAUCAGGCCCUCAUCGACUCGGCAGCCCUCCAUCAGCCUUCGAAAUUGCAGCAUCAGCUCAAGCCCUCCACCUUGGCAGAUGACAGGACCCCUGCCAGUGCUAGCCCUCCUCAUAUCGCAGCAGCGUCAGUGGGUGUGCCUCUGACAGCGGGCGCUGUUGGUCAGAGAACAGCUCACCCCGCAGUCCAGCACGGUUUUGUGUCGCCGCCUUCCGCGCAGCAGCAAUCGUCUACAGCAACAGAUCGCAGGAAGGAUGCUUCUUCGGAUGACGACGAGCGAUACGUUCGUCUUUCCGUGGGUGCGACGCUUGCUAAUGCCAGCGCAGCCCUUUCCAGCAGCUCGUCCGCCGAGCUUUUGCCCAAAGCUGUCGCUGCACAGAGGCAGGCUGGUGCAGCAGAGGCUCCCUUGGCGACAAAGUCGACCAAGGCCGGUGCCAGCCUCAACCUUGGCUCGCUUCCGCCCCCUGUUGUUGGCGGCGUCAGUGCCGCCUCGCAGCCAUUGUCCACCGUCAAGCCGCAGACCAAAGCCACCGAUCCGUUCUCGCCCGCUGGUAGCGGUUCAGGCCUAUCCAGUGCGCUGACUGGUGCCGCCGCUGCCUCUACGCCCAGAGCGCAACAAGCAAGUGAUGCUGCACCUGCACCAGCUUUGGACCCUUCCGUGCUCGGACAGCCUGUUGCUUCGGGUGCCUCACCCGCUGCUUCCAAGCGCAAGCCUUCGAACUCGCACCAUGCUUCGCACGCCGCAGCUCGCCGAGCUGAGCUCAAAGAGGGAGCCGAUGGUGAGGCGGGCAACCUCACCGACGGAGGCACGCCGUACGAUGGUGAUGUUGAGUACGCUGCUCGCACGCCUGUUUCCGUUCAGAUUGGAGCUGGCUCCGGCGCAUCUGCCGCCUCAUUAGCACCCCCUCAGCGCGAAGUGUCCGGCAAAGUGACAUCCGCGUCAAACCUUGCUUCCGCCAAAAGCACCGCUCUAGGCCCCGUCCGCUCGCGCAGCUACAUCCAGACGAUGAAGAGUCGCCACGCCGACUGCCAUCCGCAGGGCGACGAUUUCGAAGAGGGCGGGUUCCAGCCGUCGUCGAUCCCUUCCGCCGACGAGAUCCAAACCUGGGUGCACCAGGCCAUCUUCAACCCGGACCCGCGACGCGACUACUCGAUCAACCCGCCUCCCAAGCGGUACGACAGCGAAGGGCGCGAACGGCCCAUCCGCAUCUACGCCGACGGCGUCUACGACCUGUUCCACUACGCGCACGCCCUGCAGCUGCGCCAGGCCAAGCUGUCGUUCCCGUCGGUACACCUAAUCGUCGGCGUGGUGAGCAGCUACUCGUGCGGCAAGCAUAAGAACAAGCCGGUGCUGACGAGUCAGGAGCGCUACGAGUGCGUGCGCAACUGCCGGUGGGUCGACGAGGUGCUGGAGGAUGCGCCGUGGGUGGUGGACCAGAAUCUGAUCGACACGUUGGAGAUCGACUACAUUGCGCACGACGAUCUGCCGUACUCAGGGAUCGGGAUGGAAGACAUUUAUGCGUUUGUCAAGAGGCAGGGUAGGUUCUUGCCGACCAGAAGGACCGAUGGCGUGUCGACGUCCGAGUUGCUGGGCAGGAUCGUUGAGGUGUAUAGGGAGGGCAGCUUGGACGGCAAGCUCGUCAAGAUCGGGCUGGAGGACUUGACCUCGACGCAUGCGACGCACCCGACGCACAGUAACGACGCGGCAUAG